UAAAAUGGAGUGGUACUGGACUGCCUUAUUGUAUACCAGCUCUGCAUAUGUCUCGGUUGGGUUAAUUCUGUUCAUUUUCCCAAUCUACCGACUUCGGAAUCCGAUCAAGAUUAACACAUCCAGGAACGGAAUGAUUAUCGGUACCCAUCGGGGAGGCUCUUGGGAACGAGUUGAGAAUACCUUGCCGGCUUUUAGGCAUUCGCAUCGACUCGGAAUGGACUUGUUUGAGCUAGAUGUUCGUAUGACCAAGGAUAAGCAAGUAGUAGUACAUCAUGACAAGAGUCUGGUCAGACUCACUGGAGUUGAAGCCGAUGUUGAAGAUACUAACUAUGCUGAUCUCCCUCCAUGCAUGGAGGAAGUUAGGCUUCCCACUUUUGAAGGGACUUACAAACAAAAGCCAGGCCAGGAUGAUGGUAAAAUCCCACUUUUGAAAGAUGUUUUUGAGGAAUUCCCUGAUUCUGUUAUGAAUAUUGACCUUAAAAAUGGAAGCACAGAGCAUCUCUCUGAAGUCUAUAAGAUGAUAGUGGAGUACAAGAGAGAAGAUAUUACAUAUUUUGGUAAUAUGAAUGAUAAAAAGAAUCUCCAAGCCCAAGAAAUGGGGAAAGAGGCAGGCAUACGCUCAUUCGCCUCUAUUAAGUACACUAUUAGGACAGUUAUUUUGUACCUUUUGGGACUUUUGCAGUUCUUUCCUUACAGAUAUCACAUGAUAUGGUUCCCUUUCUUUGGCCAUAAGUUCCGAACUGAACUUUAUGAGCACUUUGGGAAAAAGCCUAUGAUCUGGGUUGCUAUAAAGCUUUAUUCCUGAUUGACACCAUUACUCAAGCCAAUGUUCUGGCAUCUGAGGAAAAGAGGAGUCACCGUCAUGUUUUACUCUAUAAAUUCCGAAGAUGAGGUGAUUCGGGCUAGAAAUUAUCCAAUAGAUGGCUUUAUAACAGAUGCUCCAGCCAAGAUUAGGAGCGCACUUGAUUCUCUUAACGGCAGGGUCGAUACAGAUGAACAUCUUCUGGAGACAAGCAAUAAGAAGAAUGAAUAGAUAUUUUUGUCAGCCAUAUUUCAACCUUAAA